AUGAGCACUAUGAUGGAAACCGACGAGGAAUCUGUAGUUCUCCCUUCGACAACUACUUCUGGCCUCUCUUUAUCACUACAUCCACUUCCCAUCCUCAAUAUCUCUGAACAUUUGACUCGGCGGAAGCUUCAAACCAACUCCAAUUCACCAUUUGUUCUUGGGGCGCUCCUUGGCACGCAAAGUGGUCGCGAAGUCGAGAUUGUGAAUACCUUCGAAUUGGCGGUGGAUCAAGAAACGCUGCAGGUCGAUCAUGAAUUCCUGGUGUCGAGAAGGGAUCAAUACAAGCAAGUGUUUCCCUCACUCGAAUUCAUUGGCUGGUACACCGUCGCGGCCUUCCCUACCGCAAAGCACAUCACACUACAUGAACAAUUUAUGACCUACUGCUCAACCCCACUGCUCCUAAUCCUCCAACCCACGUUGGCAUAUGUUUCCUCGGAUGUCAACGCGCAGACGCUGCCUUUCAAGGCGUACGAGCCGUCGAUAGAGAUCAAAGACCGCAAGUCGCGUUCGGUAUUUAUCGAGGCUGCGUACAAUGUCGAGACGGGCGAGGCGGAGCGUAUCGCUGUAGAUUGGACAGCGCGCGGAGGCGGAGGUGGCACAAGUCUGGAAUCGCAUCUCACUACACAGCGCGCGGCAGUCAAGAUGUUGCACGAUCGAAUAGGUGUUCUCGUAGAUUAUGUGCAGAACGUUCUUUCAGGGCAAGCACCAAAGGAUCACACGACACUCCGCUCGCUCUCGGCGCUGAUCGCUUCAUUGCCAGCAACGGAAAACAAGAACUUCCGGGAGGAGUUUGAUACUGAAUACGAAGAUGUUCAGUUGACUGCUUUCUUGUCUACGAUGACGAAGGGGCUGAAUUCCCUGAACGACUUGGUCGAUAAACACACUGUGCUCACAUCUGGCAGAGAUGAACGAGGAUUCGGUGGACCCCGACGACGGGGUACAGGUCGCGCAGGGCCCAUGGGAGACUGGGAUCGAAUGCAUUGA